GUGAGGAUCACAGACACUGGCUUGGGCUACUUGUCCACCAUGUCAUCAUUAAGGAGCCUCUAUCUGCGCUGGUGCUGUCAGGUGCAAGAUUUUGGACUGCAGCAUUUAUUUGGAAUGAGGAGUCUUCGUCUGCUGUCUCUUGCAGCUGAAUGUUGUUCCUCCUGCUGUGUCCACCCAGGCUGCCCCCUGCUGACUACCACUGGUCUAUCAGGCCUCAUCCAGCUGCAGGAGCUGGAGGAGCUGGAGCUGACCAACUGCCCCGGAGCCACCACCGAGCUCUUUAAAUACUACUCCCAGCACCUGCCCCACUGCAUGGUCAUUGAGUAAGACCACUGACCCAUCCCACCGACCAACUGACCGACCGAUCACCGUACUUUUUUCCUCCAUACUCUUCCUCACUCUUUUCUCAAAUGCUAGCCAAAAGACUGCACUGCUCCUACUGUACCACACCAUUCCUCAUUACCUGCCCCUCUACCCUGCCCGUCUUCCUCCAUACUCCAUUGAAUAGACUGACCCACAGGCGGACAGAGAGGCAGGAAGGUAGAUGAUGGUACUUGCCAGACCCAGAAGAUGAUGGGAUGGCGUUUGAGCUUCAUUUAAGAAGAUGCUGGAGUGAAGAGCUUGGUGUGACGUCUUGUCUGACAGCAAGUUUCUUUUUCAGAAUCAACGAAAGACUUUAGGGAGGAGAGCUUCUCUACAGACUUGAUGAUUUUCUUUUCGCUGAAUGGAUACUGAAGGGACUGACAUGCGCAGAUCCAGAUGCAGUGUAAAGGAAUUAGGAAAAGGAAAACAAAGACGUUUGUGUUUGAGCUGAUAUGGUGGAACUUACACAUGCUUACACUGUAAACAUGCUCACACACAUACUGUAUAUGGUAAGUGAAACAAAGUCCUCAAGACCAUGAGUACUGACGUUUCUAUUUCCAUACCCUGUGUAUUCUUUUUCUCCAAAGGUAUCCAAUGUUAAGUUUUCUCAUGUUUAGAGAGAGACACCACAUGCCAGCUGGAGAAACAGAAAUCAGCGAGAACUAAAGAUGCAGUUCAGGAAGUGAAUGACAGGGAUGGAACUUCUCUCUCUUGCUUUUUCUCCCCUCCUCUGUGUAUGAAGUGUGUUUCAUGGACUCACAGGUUCCCCAUCUUUUGGGAUGCCACCACCUUUUUCCAUAUCUGUGUCAUCAGAAAUACCCCCCAAAAACUAAUGAACUAACUGAAAGAAAUUUGAGAAACAGCAGUUUACUGUGUUGGGUUGAUUGGCUUAUUGUUCCACCCCUCUCAUUUUUGAUACAUUGAUUUAAUUUACAGAUCUGGAGGAUAAGUUGUUGUAAACUGUGAAUGUUGUGUUUUAAAAAGGGAAGCGUCGCUGAGGCAUCGCAUCGAGUGCAGAAAGCAUUUGACUUCAAUGCUUGAGAGUUUCUCUGAUGAAUAGAAUAGAAUCAUGAAUGGACAAUGAGGCGACUGUGGGACUUAAACUGACAGUGAUGAUUUAAUUUUACUGGACUAAAUAACUUUAAUAAUAAUAGCAGAGGGAGUUUCACAAGUGAUCUUUCUGUUGGUACGGUAAUUUUUCCAAAUUGGGGAGAUAUCUGAUUUUUGGAAUCAAAAUCAUCUUCCUCUUCCAUCUUUUAAAUGCUUAAACGAUGAUAGAAACGAUAAUGAAAGAUAAGAUAACGAAAUGAUAGAAACAUGAUGUUUAGAGGUUAAAUUUUAAAAUGCAAAGGCACUGUGUGACUCUCUGGCUAAGAUAAGGUUACCUCAAAUUUAAAAGGGAGGCUAGGGGAUUUCAGUAUUUAUUAUUCGAGCAGUUCUUACAGUCUCAGACAGGCUAGGGUGAGGAAUGAGCAGGAGCUCAGGGUCCUUGUACUGUGGAGGUUUUAAAAGAUAAUUUUGUUUGUUUUCCAACUUAACCCAGAGUCAGAGAAAUGUAAAGAUGAACUUUGGAAGUAUCAAAUGUGAGCAAAUAUAGUUAAAUAAGCUGUUGUUCAAGACUAUGCUUUUGUUGCUUUUUAAGGGUUCAACUCUGUGUCUUAAAGGGUAAUUCUGGUUUAUUGAAACUUGGGUCUUAUUUCCCCAGCUCCAGCGAUUAGAAAUACUAUUAGUAAUACAAAGUUAAUUUGCUGCUGUCAGAUGAUCAGGUUCCCAUCAGGUUAGUCAGACUUAUUUGAAAUAAAGGUUGAAAGGGAAUGGUUAAAUUAUUGAUCAAACUCAAGUUGUAAUAAACCAGAUUUUUUCUCAGACCUUAGAUUUACCAAACACAUCCAUAAAUUGAGCUAAGCCAGGCAAGCUUUGCAUUCAAAGCUGGUACUAAAAGGCUAAGGCUAAAGGCUGGACAAUGGCUAAGAAGGAAAAAAAGUGAAGUUUCCCAUAAACCAAAGUGUUUAUUUAACAAUAAAAAUAAGUUAUUGAUGUUACAAAGGAAAAACAAAGAACUUAAAUUCCAGUAGUCGUGUUUCUUCCCACAAUCAUCUGAUAUUAAAAAGAAAUUAAUGAGCCCAACAGUGAGCUUCUUUUUGCCUCUUGUGUGUCCUCAGAUGUAAUGCCUGCCAAAUGAAGGGAUUGGAUCAGUGUCAGCCAGUAUUAGGUUGUGCCAAAUCGCUUUUGAUUAUGCAUAAAAUGUGGCUGGUUGCCUGUAGCUGACUGCACUAAAUGGACUGGUGUGUGUAUGGACAUGGCAGACCAUGCAUGUUUUUAGUUGGUCUGCGUUUUUGUUUCAAGAAGGCUCAUUUUAGAGGUUGUUCUGAAUCUCUUCAUUGUAUAUAAGUAUAUUUAUUUAUUUAUUUAUCUAUUUAUUUGUUUAAAUUAAUUUGUGAUGACAUGAUUUAUUUAUUGAAUAGGCAUUUUUUAAAGAAUUUUGUUUUGUGGAACUGUCUUGAAAUUUGGGCCUGACUUAGCUUAUGCAUUGAUUACUGUUUAUUUAUUUAUUAUUUAUUGACAUUUCAGACCCCUGAGUGAAAUAAUCUACCUAUUAUACAUUUAACAUACAUUCUUUCAGACACCAGUGACGCUACACAUCAUUAAGACUGAAAACGUUUUUUAAUCUUCAUAAUGCGCAAGAGUAUAUUUUUUGUGCAAGUAUGUGUCAACUUUGUGUUGCUGUUGGGUCCAUCAUUAAUAAUAGGGGAUUAACAGUGGUGACAAGUUAUAUUUACUGUAAUUGUCCUGAAUGUGGAAAUACCGAGUAUGAUAUACAUAAAAGCAUUUGAAGUCUGA